UAAUCAUUUCGAUACAUUUGUAUGUGAGUCAAAUGAAUAUGGCUUAAAAUUUUAUCUCCUGUUUAAAAAAGAUUUUUUAAUGCAAACAAUUGAUGGGACAGAAGCAUACGCUAUUUUUUGCAGCAGAGGAAGGACGAAAGGACGACUUAAAAUGGGUGUUAUAUGAUAAAAAAGUCUCACCAAAUUUAAGAGAUCAUACGACACAGCAAGUAGCGUUGCAUCUUGCUGCAUCGAAAGGCCAUGUUGAAUGUGUAAAGUUAUUGUUGAAAGCUGGAGCCAAUGUUGAUGCUCGGAACCGUUACGGCCUAACUCCGCUUCAUUUAGCUGUUUGUGAUGGAAAAAUUGGAUGUGUUUUGGCGUUGAUUGAAGGUGGGGCUGAUGUUAAUGCAACAUCCAGAUUUGGCUGUACCCCAUUGCACCAAGCAGCAUAUUUCAGGCGUUUUAGAUGCUGUCAAGCACUACUGGUCGCUGGGGCUUGGGUUGAUGUUCAAGAAUCUUGGGGGCGGACACCAUUAUUCCUUGCCAUUGAGAAGAAGAAUAUUGAAAUUGUAGGAUUACUUCUUCAAAACAAAGCAAAUGUUAAUAUGACAGACAGUAUCAAAGGACAAACAGCUCUGAUCUUCGCUGCUUCAUUGGGAGAUGUUGAAUCCAUGAGUCAUUUGCUUGAUAACUGUGCUGACCCGAAUUGUCAGGACGCUUUUGGCCAUACACCAUUACAUCAUGUUGUGAAAGAAACUACAGAUAGGAAUACAGAAAGAUGUGUCAGACAACUGGCAGCAUAUGGUGCAGUGUGUUUAAGAGACAACAACAACCAAUCACCCAUUGACAUAUUAAUGGAGAAAAACAGAAUUUGUGAUGCAGAAACAUUGAUGGAGCUAACAUGUAAACCAAGAAGUUUACGAAGUAUAUGCUGGGUAAAAGUGAGACAAAAUCUACAAAGUCGUGAAAACGUUGAUUUACGAGAACUCGAAGUUCCCAUGUGUUUAAUUAGAUUUAUAGAAAAUGAUUCAGCGUUUCUAGAAACAAAUUAAUUAAAAUAUUUUAAGAAUGAUGAAAGUUAUGCUUGUACACACCUAAAUACAAAUUAUAAUAUGAGGAAUCUAAUAUUGUUAACCAUGUAGAAAUUUUACAAUAAUAAAGUAUGUAUAUUAUUCAUCUCAAUAUUA